UUAUAAUGUCAAUAACUGUUUCAACAUGCCAAUAAAUCUGUGGUUCCCCGUUGAAUACUAGUACUGCAAAGAACUUGUGGACAUUCUCUAAAUCCGAUAGAUUUGGAAACUUGGCUAAUCCAGUUAAGUAUUCAUGAUUGAUCUAAUCAUUGUAGUUGCGGUAAAGCAUUUUACGAUUUGCCUAGUCAGAUAGAAAAGAGAGCGGCAGGAAUUGGAAAAGGAACCAAGUAAUUUCUAACUAUUUAAUUUAAGAACUGACUUUACAAAGGUGGCAUUCGCAACUCCUUCCCCAUAAUAAUACAACUUAUCUAGCGACGUCGAAUCAAAUCUAAAGAAAUAGAAGGGCAACAAAUUUGGAAUGAGCAGAGAAAAAAUGGCUAGUACAGGAAUCCUUGGGAACUUAAAUUUAAAAACUCCAGGUAAAAUUGAGUCAUCAAUCUAUCUCUUGCAGCUCCUGGAACCUAUGAUUUGGGAUCUACCUUGAGUGAUAUUAGGUACUCGAUGAGACAGAGACCUAAAACCAACUUCAUGGUCUUGACAAGCAAGGAAAUACCAGGACCUGGAACCUAUGAAUCUCUACCUGCAGUUAAUGCUGUGGGAAAAUACCCAAUUUCGAAAUACAAUAAUUCAUGUGCUACUCUAUUCAAUCCCAAGAAUUCGAAGCGCUUCGUCAAAGACUUUUGUAAUUGUCUAAUACCAUAUUUAAGCGACUAAUUUAUAUGCUCCUGGACCAGGCACUUAUCCAGUCGAUAAGACAGGAAUUCAAAAAGUAAGCUGAAUGUACUAAUGAUAGGAUGGCAAUUACUUCAUUUCUAAAUUCCAUUCUUCCAAUGUUAGGAGUUUUCCCAAAGAAUCCAGAAGAACUGGUUCUGUUGGUAAAGGUAUUCCCAUCAAUUUAUGAACAAGCUGGCACACCGGCUCCUGGCAGCUAUAGAUUGCCUUCCGAUUUCGGGUACUACGAAUCCAGACACAAAGCCAAUAGGAGUGCUGGAGACAUGGGAGAAAAUAAAGCUUAAUAAUGAUUAUCAAAAUAUCAAUUAAUGUAUAC